AUGGAGUGUGUGAGGCUAGUCCUGCAGUACUUCCAGUCCAACUCGGAGUCCAUCUCCAACGGACUCUGUGUGGUCCUGGCGCUGGUGAGCGUCAAGCUCUACACCAGCUUCGACUUCAACUGCCCCUGCCUGCCCGAAUACAACCGGCUGUACUCGCUGGGGGUGCUGGUGGUCCCCCCGGUCAUCCUGCUCCUUCUGGGCAUCCUGGUGAACCGGCAUACAGGGGUCAUGAUGGAUGAGUGGAGGCGGCCCGUGGGGAACAGAUCCAAAAACCCCGCCAUCGUAAAGUACCUGUUCUCCGCCAUGCUUCAGAGGGCCAUGCUGGCCCCGCUGGUCUGGAUCUUAGUCACCUUGCUGGAUGGAAAAGUCUUCGUCUGUGCCUUCAGUAUGAGUGUCGACCCUAAACACUUCUCAGGAAUUCCCAACCACACAGGACUCGACGCAGCCAAACUCAUGGCCAGAGUGCCCUGCAAGGAGGACGCCAUCUUCAAGAACAGCUCCCUCCGCAAAGCUGUAUCCCGAUACGUGCGCUGCUACUCCCAAGCCGUUGGCUGGUCCAUCCUUCUACUCUUGAUCCUUCUGGCGGUGCUGGCACGUCUCAUCAAACCCUGUUUUGACAACCACGCCACCUUCCUGCAGACGCGCUACUGGAGCAACUACCUGGACUUGGAGCAGAAACUGUUCGAUGAGACUUGCGUGCUCCACGCCCGGGACUUUGCCCGGAAGAACGUGGUGCAGUUUUUUGAGGGCGCGCGGGGGGAAGAAGUGCUUCAUCUGCCUCACCCGCCUCACAUCAGGUACCACAGAAUAGUGGAGGAGGAGGAGGUGCAGGAGGAGAGACUUUACGGGAUAACCAAGCAGGAGCAGGUGGACCAGCUGCUGAACAAAUGGUACCUCUGUAAACCGGAACUAAACGUCACCAACAUAGCGCACAGGCCCCAGGUGUGCGUCACCUGGGAAGACAAACAUGGGCAAACUCUGUAUUCCGAUGUUUGAGACAAAAUCACUGGUAUGUGCAGGGGCGCAACGGGGGGGAGGAGGACAGAGGGUGCAAUACACACGGGCGCCGCAUCA